UGACCACUGACACAGGCUGGCGCACUUACAUCGACCGAGCCCACUAUGUCCCCUGUCACUCUCCACCAUCACCACAACCACCUGCACCGCCACACCAACCACCGCCAUCAAAUGUCAACUACACCACCCAAUACCCACCACCAAAAUCACAUAAAAACACCACAAUAACAUUAACUCCCAACAAAAGCAAAAAAAAAAAAAAAGAAACACCAAAUAAUCAAAUACCCUAAUCGGCUAACUCCAUCAUGGCAACCCCUUCCUCACCGAAACUAAUUUCCCCAAUCGCCACAAACGACGACGCUUCACCCCCGAAGAGACCCCAAUCGAUCCCAUGGACCCACCAAGAGACGGUGAACCUCAUCAGGUCUUACCAAGAGAAAUGGUAUUCCCUCAAGCGGGGCCCACUCCGGUCCACCCAGUGGGAAGAGGUCGCCGUCGUCGUCGCCGCCCGAUGCGGCUACGACUCCAAUCACGCUUCCAAGUCCGCCAUCCAAUGCCGCCACAAGAUGGAGAAGCUCCGCCAGCGCCAUCGCGCCGAGAAGCACCGCCUUUCCACCGGCGCCGCCAUGGCCCGCGGCGGCGCCUGGCAAUACUCCGGCCUCAUGGACGAGUUGGAACGCGGUCCUCUUCCUAUUUCGGCUCGACCUUUCAUGUCUAUGGCUCCUUUAGGUUACAACAACGAGAAUGAUCAUGAUGAAGAUGAUGAAGAUAAUGAUGAUGAUGAUGAUGAUGAUGGUGUUUGCUACUACAAUGAUGAUGAUGACCAGAGGGAGAGUUAUAUCAAGUCUAAGAGUAUUAAUUACAUUGUUAAACAGAGACCCAAAGCAAACAAGUAUGGAGGAGUUUUAGGGUUUUCAAGGGAGCGUGAUUGCGAUGAUUAUGAUGAUGAGGAUGAAGAUGAGGAUGAUGAUGAUAGUGAUGAUGAGGAAGGAGUGGUGGUGAGAAGGAAGGGGUUGAUUUCAGGGUUAUCAGCUGAAUUGAGAGGUUUUGCUGAGAGGUUUAUUGGGAUGGAGAAUUUGAAGAUGGAGAUGAUGAAGGAAACACAGAGGUGUAGAUUGGAGAUGGAGAAGAAGCGGAUCCAAAUGAUUCUCGAAUCACAGAGGAGGAUUGUUGAUUCAAUUGGAAGGGCUUUCGGGUCUUCCAAGAGGAUGAAGAUUAGUCAACAAAUCUGAAGGUUUCAAUUCUUUUUUAAUUUUUUUUUUUCUGUUGUGUUUUUCUACUCCUGUGAAAUCUUUGUCCUUGCUACUAUUAUUCUGUUAUAGGGUUAUUUAUUUAGAUUUUCAACAAAGUUUAGCUUGAAACUCACUUUGCAGCUGUUGAAUUAUUCUCCAAUGCUGAGUUGUUUCCACUCUAAGCAUUUAAGUUUUUAUUGCAAGGAUUGUACCUGGUUUACAAAUUCAUACAGUUUAAUUUGUAUUAUAAGGUUCCUAAGAAGGAUUAUACCUGCAUUAUAAAUUUACAAUUGCAUG